GGAAUCCGGCGCCCGCCGCCGCCCCCGCCUGGGGCCCGAGACCUUUCGCUCCACCUGGGGGUCCCGCGCCCGCCGCUUUAUUCCGCUGAGGGCCCUGAGACCUUUCGCUCCACUUGGGGUCCGGCGCCCCGCCGCUCCGCCUGAGGGCCUAGACCUGUCGCUCCUUCCGGGGGUCCGGCGCCCCCGCCGCUCCGCCUAGGCCCGAGAACCUGUCCGAUCCGCCUGGGGGUCCGGCGCCCCAGACGCUACCCCGCCUAGGCCCGAGACCUGUCGCUUAACUCCACAUGGGUGUCCGCUCCCCCGCCCGCCUGAGGGCCCGAGACCUGUCGCUCCGCCUGGGGGUCCAGGCGCCCGCCGCUACACGCCUGAGGCCCGAGACCUGUCGCUCCGCCUGGGGUCCGCGCCCGCCGCCCCCGCCGGGGGCACGAUGCCUGUCGCCCCCGCCUGGGGGCACGAUCUGUCGCCCCGCCUGGGGGCACGAUGCCUGUCCCCGCCCCGCCGAGGGGCCCGGU